AUGACGACCUUCGCGAGCGCGAGCGCGCGCGCGUUCCUCCAUCGCGCGCCCUCUUCCUCUUCCUCCCCCUCCACCUCCUCUCGUCCCUCCUCGCGCUCGGUCGGACCCCGCGCCGCGAGACGCGCGCGUUCCGUCGUCGUCCUCGCGUCGGAGGACGACGGAAGAGCGGGGAAGAAAACCUGGAGUGAUCGCGACGCUCGCGCUCGCGAGCCGUCCGCAGCGCAGAAGCUCAAGGAAGCGCAGCUCGCCGCGUCCGCGGCGAUCCGCGAGCUCGAGGAAGCGCAGGCGAUAUUCGACGAGGAGCAGGCGGCGGCGAAGAAGGCGUUCGACGAGAGGGGGGGGGAGGACGAGGAUUUUGACGCGGACGCGGACGCGGAGGAGGAGGACGACGACGAAGAGGGGCCGAAGCAGGCCAUCCCGAACAGCGAGUUCGAACCCAACAUGGCCGCGCCGUUCGACGCCGCGAACGCGAUCAUCUGGGAUCUCGACGGCACGCUCGCGGACACCACGACGCUGGGCUUCACGUCCACGAACGCGGUCCUCGCGGAGGCGGGACAUGCGGAGGUUACGUUGGAGGAAUACAGGCGCGGGACGCGUUACGCGACGCCGCAGCGGAUGGCGCUCCACGCGCGCGGCGACGUCGACCACGAAGACGGGAUCGAGCUCGCGCGAAGAUUCGACGAGAUGUACGUGAAGCUCGUCACGACGGACACCGCGGGGUUCUUCCCGGACGUCUUCGAGGUCGUGGAGGCGCUGCAUAAGCGCGGGGUGAAUCAGGGCGUCUUAUCGAACGCGUGCACCGAGUACGCGCGAGAGGUGAUGAUCGUGAACGGCGCGAGCAAGAUGAUGCGCGCGAUAUCCGGCGCGGACGCCGUCCCGGAGGUGAAGCCCUCGCCCAAGGGGUUGCUUCAGGUGGCGGAGAAGUGCUACUCGCACCCGCGGUUGUGCUGUUACGUCGGGGAUUCCCCGAGCGACGGCGUCGCGGCGAGCGCGGCGGGGAUGAUGUCGGUUGGGGUGCCGUGGGGUUCGCACUCCAGGGAGGAGUUGGAGGGGUCGUUCGACAAGGUCGUGGACGACCCGAAGCAGCUGAUGCGGUUGCUGUUGCCGGUGGACGCGCCGAUUCGCGGGUGGAGCCACCGCAAGUGA